UCUGCUCCCACCUCCGCACUGCCGCCCGCCUCCCUCGCCGUCGGGUCCGUCCCCCGCGCCCACCAUUCAUAACCCCCUCAGUCCCCACCUCCCACGCCACCCUCACCUCACCUCACGCAUUGCAGGCCGCGCCGCAGAUCGGGAGCGCGCCCCCCCUCCCCCCCUCCCCAAUGGUGAGCGCGUCCAGCCUGCUGCUCCCCUCCUCCGUCCGGGACCUCGCCUCCUGCGUCUCCGACGGCGCCGUCCGCGUCGCCUGCACCACGCCGGCCUCCACGCUCGUCGCCUCCGCCUCCUCCUCUCCGGCCACACUCUCCGUCACCGCCACCUACCACGCCUGCACCUCCCCGCCGCUCCUCCUCCGCCUCAUCUGGGCGCACUCCCCCGUUGGGCCUCCGACGCUCUCCUUCGCCGGCCCCACCGCCUCCUCCCCCGCCGUCCUCCUCCGCCGCCGCAAGGGCACCCGCUCCCUCCCCUCCUCCUCCGACGACCACCACCACCAACCCCCGCUCGCCCUCUUCUGGGACCUCACCGCCGCCAAGUAUGCCACCGCUGCCGCCGACUCGUCCCCGGAGCCCGUCUCGGGGUUCUACUUCGUCGCCGUCGCCAACGCCGAGGUCGUGCUCGCGGUCGGCGACCUCGCCGCCGAGUUCGUGAAGGCCAAGUUCGAGGGCCAGAUCCCCAAGGCGCGGUUCCACCCCGUCGCCCGCGCGGACCGCGUCGUGGCGGCGCCCAACGCGAUGCACACCGCGCGGGUGCGCUUCGCCGAGGGCGCGCCGGAGCACGAGGUCACCGUCGGCUGCGCCACCACCUCCGGGGGCGGCGGCGAGGAGCUCUGGGUCAGCGUCGACGGCAAGCGCGCCGUGCACGCACGCAGGCUGCGCUGGAACUUCAGGGGCAACCAGACGGUCUUCGUCGACGGCGCGCCCGUCGACGUCCUGUGGGACCUGCACGGCUGGUGGUUCCGGGACCCGCCGGGGUGCGCCGUCGUGAUGCUGCGAGCCAGGAGCGCGCUCGAGAGCAGGCUCUGGCUCGAGGAGGAGGCCGCCGCGCCGGGCUUCGCGCUCGUCGUGCAGGCGUUGAGGGCCCCGCCUUGAUGGCCAAUUCUUCAGGUCAAUGCUGCUGCUCACCAUGCUUUGCUUCCUCUGGCCACUGCUUCGCUCGCCAUGCUUUGCUUCCUCUGGUCACUGCUUCUCAAUGACUUGGAAAAUUUGGUGGAAUUUAGCGAAUCCAACCAAACCAAGAUGGGAAUGGUUGUGCUUACAGUAUGUAGGUUUGUAGAUUCUAGUGUGCCAAAUGAGUGAGUUCGGGAAGACACCAUGAGAAUGUGGUAUACAGAGAGGAGAGGAUCAUCUUCUUCUUUUUCAUGCUUUUCCUCUUUUCCAGAUAAUUUUAGCUGUGUGCUCGUACAGUUAACAAAGGAUUAUACAUAGAGUUUGUUUGAUUCUGCAUUUCUGCUGUGUGCAAAAGAUCAGGUGGUGUACAAAAGCUUGCAAAUUUCUGCUUGCUGUACGCUUCCCAUCAAUGUUUA